CUGAUGUCAACCAUGCGUUUCUUUGCCAUUGAACAUAUCACAUUCUGUCCACCAGCACUCUCUCUUCUCUCCUCAGGACCAACAUUGUGAAACACCCCUCACACAAUGUCUUCCGCACGAUCUAUCAUGCGCGCCAGCUGCCUGGCAGUGCGCUCGACCGCGCGACCAUUCUCCACCACGACGGCAAGAUUCGCAGUCCCUCUCAAUGAACGCGGCAACGACACAGCAGACGAAUACCGCCGAAUCAUGAAAUCGAAGCCGCUCAACCCUCACAUGACCAACACCAACUCAACAAUCGCCAACGAGAUGCCCAACGUGGGCGAAGACGCCGCUCCACCGGAGCUCAUCACCAGCGUAGACGCCAACUUCGUACCAAAGGACUCCAAGCCCGAGAACACAGAGCGCAUGACAGGCGGCACCCAAAAGCCUGCGCCAGAAUCCGGCCCCAACGCAGGCCUCGAUGUAGGUGAAAUCGAAGGCGGCACGUUCAAAGUGGAACCUCUUCGUCGCACCGGUGAAGACGUCAACACAAUGCGCGCUCGUCUCGUCUAUCAAAGCCGGAAAAGAGGGACAUUAGAGUCCGAUCUCCUUCUUUCCACCUUCGCCGAUGCCAACCUCGGAACGAUGACGAUGAAGCAAUUGCAGCAAUACGAUCUUUUCCUCGAUGAGAAUGAUUGGGAUAUUUAUUACUGGACUACGCAAGAGCCGACACCGACUUCUAUGGCGUAUGCAGAGGGUGCGGGGCCGGAUAUGGCUGCGCCGGAGAUGCAGGGCAAAGAUGUUGUGGAUGUUGGUGCUACGACGACUAAGUCUGCUUCUUCCGAUGGCACAAGAGUUCGGGAGCCUGGUACUGGGGAGUGGGCGGCGACAAUUGGUACUUUCAAGGCGGCUUAUCGACCUGUACCGGCGAGGUGGAAGAAUAGCGAGAUCUUGUCUAUGUUGCGGAAGCAUGUUAAGGAUCGUAGUGCAGGAGGUGUGCAGGAUCAUGGACAGGUGGAUGUUUCUAGUCAACGUAAAGGCGGUGGCUUGGGAUUCAUGCCUGAGCUGAAGAACUUUGAUCAGUGAGGUGGUGAUGGACUAGGUGUGUAAUACAUAGAAGCAAUACAAUAC